UUUGAUAUUUAAAUUGCCAAACAAUCUGUGACUAUCAACACCAUGUUAGAAGAUUUGGGAAUGGAUGAUGAAGGUGAUGAUGAACCAGUUCCUCUACCAAAUGUUAAUGCAGCAAUAUUUAAAAAGGUCAUUCAGUGGUGCACCCACCACAAGGAUGAUCCUCCUCCUCCUGAAGACGAUGAGAACAAAGAAAAGCAAACAGAUGAUAUCCCGGUUUGGGACCAAGAAUUCCUCAAAGUUGACCAAGGAACACUUUUUCAACUUAUUCUGGCUGCCAACUAUUUACUAGAUACUGAAAUCCCUGAAGAGAUUCGUAAGACCUUCAAUAUCAAAAACGACUACCGAAGUAGAGGAAGCUCAGGUAUUCAAAGAGAACCACUGGUGUGA